AUGUCCCCAACCAAUAACUACUUAAACGCUAUUACAAACCGUCGCACCAUCUACAAUUUGAAGUCCGAAUUACCACAAGGUGUUGGUUUGGAUGAUGUAAAGAGAACUGUACACGUUAUCCUCAAGAAUACUCCAACAGCUUUCAACUCGCAAGUGAAUCGUGCUGUUAUCAUCGUUGGUGACACACACAAAAGGGUCUGGGACGCCGUUGUGAGUGGCAUGCCAAAUGCUGCUGCGAAAAAGAGACCAGAGGCUUGCAGAGAUGAAGCUUACGGUUCAGUCAUUUUCUUCACUGAUGAAAAAUCAACUGAAAAACUACAAAGGGAUCUUCCAGCUUUGGCAGCCGCCUUCCCAACAUGUGCCGCUCAUACGACUGGUGCUGUGCAAAUCCAGUCUUGGACUGCUCUUGAAUUAUUAGGAUUGGGGGCUAAUUUGCAACACUAUAAUGACUACGUCAAAUCUGCUUUGCCACAAGAAGUUCCGACUGAAUGGACCGUGGAAUCUCAAUUGGUCUUUGGUGUUCCAACUGCUUUGCCAGAAGAAAAGACCUUUAUCAAUAACAUAAUCAACAUCUAUCACUGA